GCGGGGCGCUCCGCGGGGAUGAGCGCUCGCCUCGACGGCGCGGCAUCUGCGGCGGCACUGGCGUCUACGGCACCUCCUACACAUCCUACACCGGCACAUCGGAGCGGCACCGGCACCUUGGGGAGCGGCGCUGGCGAAGAGGAGCGACACAGGACCGGCCGGACUGCCCUGAGGUCCUUACAGAGGAGAAGAGAGGAAAAAAAAAAAGAAUAAUUUGAAAAAUUCAAGCCUGCUGUGCCACCUGUGAUGGGCAUGGUUGGGAAGACAGGGAAUUUGGACUGAAAAGAUGACUAGUACUCUGCUAUAAGCCAAUUACUCUUCUGGAAAGAUGAGUAACCUACUGUUUUAACCUACUGUUAAAAAAAAAAAGUCUUUAUCCCAAGUUAAUUAAUAUUGUCAAAUCCAUUACUGGGCAACAGAUACCAAGUGAAAAUAUUAAUUCUGGUCUAAGCAAACUGUUUACUAAACAGAUAGUUACUAGCAAAUUAUUAAAUCUGAGAUUCCAAUUCUUAAACAAAAGGCUUCUGCUAAAUUUAACACUUUUUUUAACCUAUGCAUGACUUCUAUUUUAGUGCACCAGCAGCACUCUAUUUGCCUUGGAAUGCAGUGUGUUCAAUUCAGCAAGUCCAUCUGAGUAGAUUUCCAUCAAUACUACAUGCUCUACAAGCCAUAUAGGAAGUCAUUGAAAUGUGCUGACACACACUAGCUAUGAAGUAAUUUUGCCUAAGAGCAGGUUAUUUCCUAAUUGUUCACCACUUGUUUUUUGGGUCACGUCUACUGUGUGUCAUGCAAUGCAAUCACAUGUCAUUCAGAGCCAGGAAGAGCCAUGUGCAUUCCUUUUAUCUUCCAAGGGUGAGAAGAGCUACUGACAGAAAUUAUUUUUAACUGACUUGUUUUGAAAUAUCUGUUUUUCCUCAAACAACGGAAGUAAAAGCUUCAUCUUGUAAAGCCCUACUCAAAGCUGAAAACUGACUAGACUUUUGGUAAGUCACAAGAUGGUAUUAAGUAGCAGCUGAAUUUAUGAAUGCUGCAAGAAGAAAAAAUGUAUACUGCCUUCCUUCCCAGCAGCUGGCCAUGAAAUAUGGAUGCUGCGCUGAAACUGCUUCAUCAUUUCACCACUUGUCCCCAGACUCUGAUCACAGAAUCACAGAAUAUCCUGAGCUGGAGGAGCACACAAGAAUCAUUGAGCCCUACUCCUAUGUGAACAGCCCCUGUGGGGAUAGAGUGUGGAUAUACAAAUGUUAACGCUAAGAUAAACUUAAGUGCGUAAUUCACUUGUUUCUAUAGAAAUAACUUUUUAUCCUUAGAUUAUUUCUACAUAGUUAACAGGCUUCAGAACAUUGGCAUGGCAAUGUUAGACAAUGUUUGUAGGACAUCCUUUUGUAUGUAUAUGGGGCUAACAGAAAGGGCGUGUAUACACAUGCAUAGUUUUUGAUUUUUAGAGUGGAUUUUCUUUCUUGUCUGAAAUCCCAUGUCAUACACAGUUGUCUGGGGCUGCAGUCUUAUUGCAACAGGACAAUUUGUAUGUUUCUCAUGCAUCAUGGGAAAGCUUGUCACUGUGGUGAUUAAUACCAGUAAGUAGCACAGUAACAUGAAAAGAUGAGCACAGAACAUUCCCUCAGCUGAUUGUACUUGCUGGGUAUCUGCCUUCAAAGUUGUAACCUCUGCAGUCAUUACCUGGCCUGUAUUUCCUGUGUGUGUGUGUUUGGGUGUACACAUAAUGAUGGACUUGAAGAAGAAAGUUCAUAUUUCAAAGGACAGAUUUAUCUAGCCCAAAAAUACAAAUGGAAGUGCAUGUCCCAGUUUGAAUAUAUGUAGCAUUUUAAAAUAAAAUAAACCUGACAGCUAAUCUAUUAAAUCUCACACUCUUAGAAUUAAGGCAUUUAUACACUUGCAGUUGUUACUCCAGAGUAGUUGCUGUCUUGAUAUUUUAAUGUGUUAGAUGUCUCUUAUAUAGGCUUGUGCAAGUAGUUGAAUAUAUUUAAUGUUCAUGGUCAACUUAGCAAACUUUUUAUCUAAGGCUGAUUACCAGAACAGUUUAGACAGGACCUUUGAAUAUUGUCUAAUCCAGGCCUGCUCAAAACACACACAGGCAGUAUAGGUUGCUAAGGGCCAUGCCAAGUAGAGUUUUAUAUAUCUUCAAGGAUGCUGAUUCCAAAACUUUUCUGGGCACCUUUUCCAUGGCUUCUAAAUGUUUGAGGUUUUCUUAUUUUUUUCCUUUGCCCCCGUCUCAUAUCUGGCUGGCUCUUCUCUUGUUUCCACGUAGGUCUGUUGCAUCUUGUGCUAUUGCUGUACAUUUCCAUGAAGGGAAAAUGCCUUGCAUUAAGCAGUUAGUGAUGGCAACACUUAAAUAGAUUGCAUCCAUUUGUUAGGACAAAAGUGUGAACACUUUAGCUGUGGAGGCAAAUCCCAGACAGAUACAGGUCCUCAAUGCAGAGCUAAAAGAUACUAAUGUUGACCACCGAAAACGUAAGUUUUGGUAUGUAGAUACAAAUAAUGUAGGCUUUUAGAACUAAAUACUGGGGAGCUGGGAAAAUCCAGGGUGAAGUUUCUAAGUGCAACUGCAACUUGAUCCCUUUAUUCCACUUACAACUAGACUCUACUGGAUCUGCUGGAUCACAGAGAUUGUGUGUGAUGCUGUCCAUGUCACCAGAGAGGAGCCCUUCACAGGUGGCCUUGAUCCAUGUGCUCAUUCACUGAUGUCCAGCUUGUUCCUUUGCGAUCGGACUCAGCAAAGUGCUCAAGGUUUGCAGCAGUGACUGAAGUCAGAAGGGGCUGACUUCUGAAGAUUCCAGGCAGGAUGAAAGACCGUUUAGGUGAGCUGCGUGAAUUUGCCAGGUUACACAACCAACAGUUUUCUGAUAGCGAUGAUGAUGAAAAUUCACCCCAGGAUAUUCUCCUUUAUGAGACGGAUUAUGCCUUGGAAAUCCUUCAUAAGGACAUACAGAGCAUCCGGGCAGAAAAUGACCACCUAAAAGCGGAUGUCAACCGUCUCAGAAAGCAAAACACCCGCUUCCUCACUUCCAUGCGCCGUCUUAGUAGCAUCAAACGAGACACUAAUUGUAUUGCCAGAGACAUUAAGAGCCGUGGAGAAAGCAUUCACAGGAAGCUGCAGGUAAUGAGAGAUUUCUGUGAAGAUGCAAUAACAAAAUACGGAGCUAUGUCUGUCAUUGCCAGGGUGGCGAAGAACCACUAUGUGGACCUCAUGCACACAUUUCAGGACGCUAUGUUUGAUUACAAUGCAGCAGAGAUGAACCAGCGGGAGAACUGCAAGAUUCGAAUUCAGCGGCAGCUGGAGAUCAUGGGCAAAGACGUUUCUGGUCACCAGAUUGAGGAGAUGAUUGAGCAAGGCAAAUGGGAUGUCUUCUCUGAGAAUCUUUUGUCAGAUGUUAAGGGAGCUCGUGCAGCCUUGAAUGAGAUAGAGACGCGGCACAAGGAGCUGGUGAAGCUGGAAGGUCGCAUUAAGGAAGUUCACGAGCUCUUUCUGCAGGUGGCCCUGCUGGUGGAGGAACAGGCGGACACCUUUGAUGUUAUUGAGAUAAAUAUGCAAAAUGUUGAGGACUAUGUAGGAGAUGCUAAAGACCAAGUGAAAAAAGCUUUGGAAUACAGGAGAAAACAUCCCCUCAGAACAAUCCUCUGCUGUUGCAUAUCAUGUUGCAGAAGGUGAUGGUCCCACUGGAGCUAUCACAGACUGACUUGAAUGUCUUCAAAAUUAGGUGUUCUUUGCACAGACUUUUCUGUAAUGAUGAGCCCUAGAAAUAGGGGGGAUAUUUUGCAGUUGUUUUUGUUCAUUGCCUGUUUACUAAAUGUGCUGAAGGCUGUUUGUAUUUAUGAACUCCUAGAGAUGUUGAUAAAAGUAUUUUUAAUGUAAUUUUUAUUGAAAGGUCCUGUUACUGUAACUAGAGGUGCAAUAUCUCUACAGUGAUACUCCUUUCAUAUAGGCAAGAAAGAAUUAAUAACUUAUCCUAGGGAAGAUGAAUACUUUUAAGAAGUAACUUUAUUCCUAUUUGUUGAAGUGAGGCUGCAGGCAGUGAAGCCUUAUUGCCUGAGGCAACACAGUAUACCACAGAAUCAGGAGGUUUCAGUUUUAACUACUUUGGAGCCUGCUUGAUACAAAUUUGACAAAAUACUGAGCCUGGAGCAGGAGCAGGACUCAGAACUAGUUUCUCUUUCGACUUGAGUUUCAGCUCUCUGGAAUCUUAACAGAAGUGGCUGCACCUUAAAUGAUAAUAUGCACAUUUUGUCCUAUUUGUGUGCAAGUGACUGCUUUUUUCUAUUUUGAGUAUCCAGCCAUCUCAGGGUGGCUAAAAGCACUGCAACACUGAGACAUCUCACUCACUUUUUAACUUGAGGCACUCUUGACUGUCAUUUUCAAACCUGCAUGCUUUCAUGUUCUGAUGCAAUUUUCUGCCAAUUAACACUGCAGCCAGAGGAGAAAUAUGGAGUGGCCUUCUGCAGAAACAAGUAUAAGAAGACAACAGCUGUGGGACUGAGAAAGCAUUUUAGGGUCUCCUGUGCUGGCACAUACAUAGAAGCAGUUUUAGUGGAAUGACUGGCCUGUCAGUACACUUUUAUUUUUUAUAAGCAUUGACCAAAUAUGGAUUUUUUAAUAUCUAUUUUAAAUAAGAUGAAGGAUUAAAUUUUUUUAAUAUGAAAUUUUACUUGUGUACAAAAAUUUUGACUUUUCUCUAGUUGUUGGGAAAUCUCCACCUGGGAAAGCAAACAACUAUUUCUUCAGUACACUUGAAGAAAAAAGAAAACAGUUUCAUGCCAUUUCAGUGCUCUUUUCAAGCUAUAAGUGAAACUCUCCUCUUGUGGGAAUCUGCCCUUACACAAGGGCAAACCAGUAGGUUUGUAGUAUUGCAAGGAAAUGAAAAACUGUACAGUCCUGGUAAGCACUGAGCAUUGUCAGUGGAACAUAUUCAUAGAGUCUGGUGAUUGAUCACAGCUCCUGCUUCUGGAGGUUUUCCAACUGUAUUUCUAGGUGGCUUCCUGAUACACUGUGAUCUAUUGUUGUCCUUUGAAAAAAUGCAGGACAUUUUUUCAGAUUUUUUUUUUAACUGAUGGUCCUAUUUGUACCAAUUUUAAUAAAUAUAUUUCAACAUUUCAAAUAUUUUGUAUUUGGGAGUUUUCCUCAGAUGUGCAUUGAUGUACACCUUCCUGCACCAGUUGCAGUGAAACUUCUCCCUUCUUACCUUUUGCACCCUGAUUUUAUGUGUGAAAAAAAUAACCCAAACAUUUCUUAUUAUUUGUGUUAAUAUAACAAAACAGCAAAAUAAAUCCAGCUUCCAAACUUUCAUAUCUUACUGGGAAACAAUUUUAGCCAGACAGAUUUUUUUUACACAAAUAGAAACUAAAGAGAUAACUUUUCUCAAAAAGUGAUUGUCCCUUUUGCUGUAGCCCCAGUCUCUGAUAGCAGGGAAGAGUGAGUAACACUGAUCUACUAAAUAUAAGACAUUUUGAUAUUCAGUGGUGUACUGGCGAUAUCAAUGUUAUGCCUGUCUAAGGAUGACUCCAGUGAGGUGUUCAAACUUGAAGUGGGAGAAAGGAGGGUGAUGAGCUGGGACCACAGCCCGUGGCUUUGGUGCUACUGAAGAAGACAAAAUUGUUUUCUCUGUAGGUACUGCCAUCAAGUCAGUGGAGCUGUACAUUCCUCCAAGAGUCAACAUGUGGGGAUAAAUCAAUGAAGAAUGAAAUAUUGUAUUUCCUUUCAGAUGCAUAUUCCUAGCACUUGCCAAUGUUUUUGAUAAAAAAUAUGUACAUAUUUGUUUUGUGCUCGUUCCUUUUUUGUAUCUACAAAUGGAAUAAAAGA